CCAACGUCCCACAAACGUUCGACCGAAGCCACCCACGCUCUCAUCCGCAACGAUACUCUCGGCAACACUCGGCAAGCGAAGUGCUCUAUACCGCAUCACAGGGUAACCUAGAUACCUCUUUCUUCACAACACGAUCAUGAUGGUACAAGGCUUUUCCAGCGUCUUCGCAUCGGCGGUGUGUCUCCUGACAGCCUCGACGUCCGCGUUCGUAGUGCCCUCUGCGCGCGUGCACGCGCUCGCACCCCGCGCCGCCGCCGCCACCACCGCCACCUCGGCAUCCGCCCUCCGAACAUCAGCAAGGCACAGCCGGCGGUCGGCGCUGUUCAUGUCGGAGGAAGCGGAGGAGGCGGUGGAGGAGGUCGCGCCGGCGGCGCCCGUGGCAGAGCAAGACCCCGCCCAGGACGCAACAACGAGUGUAAAGUCGUUCUUCGCACCCAACGAGAACGUCCGGCUGGGAUCCAGCCGCGACCAGGACGGAAAGUCCAACGUGUGGGCUGUCGAGCCCAAGAUGAGGGUGGAGGGGACUGACGUGGAAACCCCCGAGUCUAACUCGCUGCUUGUCGUGGGGGGGAUCGUCGGGGCGCUGGUGGUGGCAAUGUCGGCAACGAUCGCCUUGUUGCCGUCUCCGGACUCCAUGUAAAACACCAAAGUCUUUUUCAGCACGGUGGGGGGGGGGUUGGCCCGACGGGGGGCGCGAGUGGCGGCGGUGCGGUGGUGUUUGUGUAUGGGGCAUCGCUUCACGGGAGCAUGUAUACAGAGCCGGGCAUGAUUGCCGCACCGCCAUUGCGAGCACCCCCGUGAAAAGGAGGAUCAAGAAGACCCACGAAACCGAAAUCUUGGGGUGUUGGACGAGAUCGUCGGCGCCCUUCUUUGGGAAGGAGAACGCCUCUUCGGGGGGGGGGACUAGAGAAAGAAGUGCGUUGCAGAGAGGCGUUUUCCUUCUUCUAGUGUCUCUGUCUCAGUUCAGAAGAGUUUGGAAACGGUUUAGUUCGAGCUGGUUGUUGUCAC